GGAUAAAUGAAUAUGGAAAAUAAGUUGUACAAAAGCACCAAAUAUCCAAAGCGGCGAGCGGCCGACGGCUUAACCUAAUUGGGCCGGACAAACUUCAGCGCGCGCAGUCGAGAAGCGAUCGAUUUCCAACACGCGGAGCUCCCGCUGUGACUGCGACAAGACGCCCUCAACGCCGCAUCUAUCAAGAUGGCGCCCUUUAAAGAUGAGCAUAUUCUGUUGAUUGCGCCGGGUUCGCAAGUCACCUUGGCGCAAUUAGGCCUUCCCGAAUCCUUUACGCCCGCUCGUUUUCGCUUUCCAACGCGUAUGUUCCCUGCUGAUAAGAAGGGAGAAUAUGAACCGUACAAGAUCCGCGAACGCGGACGGGAGGUCAAGGUCAGCAAUGGCGAUAAAGCGCCACAGGAGGACGUGGAGAUGAAAGAUGUCCAAACUGCCACGCAGGAGGGUACAACAAAUACAGCGACAGGAAACGAGCCUGAAAAACCUCAAGAGUCAGAAGAGACAAAUGCGGAAACUACAGGAGACGCGAACGGAGAGGCGAAUGGAGAGCCAAAAGAGGAGACGGUGGAGAUCUUCUACGAGGAAGAUGUCAUGUCAGACGAAGGCGCGGUUUACCCGAUACAAAACGGGCGUGUUGUCGACUGGCCAUGCUUUUUUGCCCUACUAAUGCAUAUCCGUAAUACCCUGAGCCCUCCUCUCCAUACUCCGGUUAUUAUCAUCUCACAGCCUGUCUGGUCUACCCGGGAUCGAGAGGCUAUUACUCAGUUCGUCUUUGAAAAAUUCAAGACGCCUGGAUUCUGUCUUAUGGACUCUGCACUAGCUGCCUGUUAUGGAUAUGGUACCGCUACGGCUACCGUCGUCGAUGUCGGAAAAGAUAAGGCAGAUGUCACUGCGGUUACCGACUUUAUGGUCAAUGAACACGGCAGAGGUAUCGCAUUGGAAGGGUGUGGCGGAGAUGCUAUGACAGACAAACUGGUAGAACUCUUGGGUCCGAAAGGAUUUACAAGGGAAAUGUGCGAACAGCUCAAGAGAAGUAACAUUACAGAAAUUCUGCCCUCAGGCACGCCAUUGCCAGGACUCCCUGAGGCUCCUCAAGCAUCAAACCCGGCUGCUUCAGCAUCCACAGGAACGUCAGCGGGGAAAGCCCCAAAUACAGAUGUUCCCCGCGGCCCUGGUGAUAACACUCAAACUGGCCCAGAAGGCGGGAAUGCUGAAGAUGAUGAAGGAGUGUUGAAUGUUGCGGCUAUCGUCACCGGUAACACUAGCGAGUAUCUUGCCAAGAAAGACAAAGAAAAGGCUGAGAAGGCAGCAUCGAAGAAAGGGGACCAAACACAGAAACAGGCGCGUCUUCCUAACUCGAAGAAAGAGACGGCUUCGUUCCAGUUCGAAGAAUUCGUUCAACUAGAACCGGAGAAAGAGUCGGGCAACGCUUCGAAACGCUUUAUUCGCCAAAAGCGCGACAUUGCAGUAGGGGUUGAGCGCUUCCUUGCCGCGACACCAAAGCAGCAGGUUGGGGAUCGGCUGUCCAACGGCAUCCUCGAAGACAUUGCGGACCAAAUCCACCAUACUAUUCUUGCCGUGCCAGACGCGACAAAACGCAGCGAGCUGUGGGACUCUUUGAUAGUUCUUGGAAAUGGAAGCAAGAUCAAAGGUCGGACUAGCAUAUUUGGCCUUCGUCUAGUAUAAUUCCAUGCUAACCUAAUGGAUUCAGGAUUCACUCAAGCGUUGCUUGCAACCAUCACACAGAAAUACAUCCUCUCCCCAUCCGCCACCAUCUUCACCUCGGAAAUCCCAUCCAGCUUCUCCACGCCCCUUCCAACAGGAGGCACAAAUACUCCAGCCAAUCCAGGUCAGCCAGGUCCCAUUCUCCACCCAGCCGCUCAUGGGGUCAAUCCUCUUCUUGUAGCCGCGACUCAUGCCAAUAAUCCCAAUUUGAAUGCGGGAACACCAUCAUCUACGAUUUUUCUUGGCGCUCCCUCUCACCAUCGUUCCACAGGUCACUCUCAAACCCCAACCUCCGUCAAGGUCCUCAAACCUCCCGAGUACUUCCCGGAAUGGAAAGAUCACGGCAACUCGAACGCGCCCGGUGCAAUGGGAAUCGCAGGAGCGGGCAACCCAACUGGCCCUCCGGGUGCUACACCCGGUCCCUCGUCCGGCGGCCAUCAUGGAAUGGAGGAAGCAGUAUUUCUGGGUGCACAAGUCGCUGCCAAGGUUAUCUUCAUGCUUGACCAGGGACUUAGCAAGGGAUUCAUGAGCCGGAUUGAGUAUAACGAAAGUGGUCCCUCUGCCAUUCAUGAUUACAUUUUGUGAACCCUUUUGCCGUAAGAACGUUCUGUGCAAUUUGGUUAUGGUGUUUUAAUAAAAAGGGGAAUUUGCUGAGAUGGCGGACAUGGUCCUGUAUUGCUUCUUAUCCUGAGGAUUCAUAAUUCAAGCUCUAAACAGGUAAAACUAUAUAUGAAAUGCCAUCUGUCCAGGUGUCUAAUGAUUUCAAGAGUCGUCGAGCUUACUGUAUCUUGCUGACUAGACACUUCUUAAGACAAUAUGGCACUGCAGCUCUCUGCUUGAGAGCAAUAUGUUGUUGAAGUUCGGACAUUCAUAGUACGAUUAUCUACAACGUAGUACAUCUCAUUUCUG